GUCGCAGUAAAAACUCUUCGAUGAUAAGAUAAUAUCGACACUCGCUGAGACACAGUCUUCAUUAGUGCAGUUACCUCGACUCACUUUCGGACAAAAGGUGGUUGAUUUCGAUACAAAAAUGGAGCUUUUCAAAAUCACGUUCAGCCUGGUGGCAGUUGUAUGCUGGUGUUCCAAUAUCGCAGCCGGUAGAAUGUGUUACACGUGUGACCACGUGGCCCAUCCCAGGGACUGUGACAGGGUCAUUGAAUGUCAACAAGGGGAGUCGUGUAACGUGAUCUCAUACGCCCAGCUGGACGGCCACUACUACUUCACGUCCGGAUGUGUGAAGACCGAGUUAUGUCCGACGGGCACGAGUGCGUUCGGUAAGCGGGAUAUUGCCUUCUGUAACCGCUGCUGUGACUCAGACUACUGCAAUAAGGAACUCUGUGACGCCAAAGAGACUACAGAGCACGGUCCCCGAUGCCUGCAGUGCAGCACAGUGGAGCAUCCCUCACACUGUGGGGCGGUUGCGGAGUGCGCCCGGGGGCAGGUUUGCUACACGAGGGAGAAGUACGUGUUUGGGGAACUGAGGUAUCAGCUAGGAUGUGCGGAUCCGGGUUGCGCCCCGAGGACGUACCGGCAGGUCCUACAGAAGAGGGCGGGGAUGUGUCAGCAGUGUUGUUCCGGGGAAAACUGCAAUAGGGACCUCUGUAAGAACACAGGCUCUUCACUCACCCAGCCACCGCCGACCGUAGUCAGCAGCAUUCCAGUGGUAGCCCAGACCACUGUGGCUGCCACACCAAGGCCCACUAUAGGAAACCAGAUAACAACCACGUACCCAUACAACCUGGGCGGAUGCCACUACAAGGGGCACGUGUAUGCAAAGGGACAGACGUGGGAUGAGGGGUGUAGCUUCCGGUGCACGUGUGAGGACGACCGGACCGGAAGAUACGUCUGUCAAGACAUCUGUCCCACGUAUGUGCACAUGCCGACGGAUUGCCACCUGCAGAAGCCACCGGCGGGCGAGUGUUGUGAGAAGCCUGUGUGUCAGACCUCUCAUAUAACCUUCACGAACGUCACCACCGUCAACUACACAUCGCCCGUCCUUAUAACGAAGUGUUUAUACAAGAACCAGACGUACGCGCAGGCCGCGGUGUGGCGGGAUGGCUGUGAUUACGAGUGCACUUGCGUGGACGCCUCUCGGGGAUACUACCGUUGUACCUCAUUGUGCUACUCAUGGAACCUUCCGGCCGAAUGCCACCUGGCGGAUCCGGCGCCAGGAAAAUGCUGCAAGACGCCAGAGUGUCCUGUGCAUUUUACAAUCAAUUAUCCGCCCGGAUACGUGGCCAACUAACACCCAUAGCACGCCGCUCUUUGGAUUCUUUGAUUUUUUAUGAGGACAGACCAUUAAAUCUUUAAAAUUA